AAAAGGUCGACUUCUUGUAUUUAUAAACAAAACCAAGCUAAACAAAAACAAAUAAAAUUAUUAUGCUUCAUGUUCGUUUAUUUUGCAAUUAUUUCAAUAAACUUAAUGUUGGAAUAACAAAUAAAGUCCUUUAAUUAAAAGACAUUCUUUUUAUUACAAUACAAACAUGAGCGGAAGACUCCAUAAGCUGAAAGUUGCCUUGGCUUUGGUAACUGUUGCUUAUGCUGCAUAUCUACACCUCGAAGAGGAAAAGGAGAAGAAGAGGAGCAGAAACAUUAAGGAAACAAUUAAACGGAAAUAUGAACUUACUCGCUCCUUAACUCACCCUGAUUCCUCGUCGAGUGAUGAAUAUGAACCUAGCCAAAAGAAGAGUUUCCAAAGCACUCAAAUCAAGAUAGAACAAGACAGCAAUGAUGAAUUUGCAGGAACACAAGACAACAUCAAUUCAAACACGUUCACAAUACGUCCAGACUUUGUCAAUUCUUUUGUUUCAAAAUUCUCAGAAUCCCAGUUUAAAGACGCUUUCCGCAUAUCACGGAACACAGCAAAUCAACUAUUCGUUCGUUUCAAAUCCAGCCCAGAGUACAAAAACAUUUUCAAGCUAACCGACCAAACCAGGAUUCCAGCAAAACAUUACAUUUGGAUGUUUCUCUGGUUCGUUGGAAGAAAAUGUUCCUACCUUGAGCUCUCGGAGAUGUUCAAUGUGCCACUUUACAAAUCUGUAUGCGUUGUUGAUACGGUUCUGCAGUUUUUGAACAGCUAUGCCCGAGAUUUUAUUCGGUUCCCAGAGACUCCCUCAGAGUUGAGAGCUUCUGCUGAAAGUUUCCAACAAAUUGCUGGGUUUCCAGAUGUCAUCGCCUGUUUGGUCAGUACUAAAAUAAAAGCAAAGGCCGACAAGGAUUCGUUUGUUGCACAAGUAUUUUGCGAUUCCAAGGGACGUUUCUUAGACGUUUUCGUUGAUUCCACAAUCGACAUUCAUUCCACUGAGGUUCUAGAGAAGUCUCAAAUGAACCAAAAGCUAAAGAAUAUCUGCCAGGGAAAAUAUCACACCCUGGCCACGAACGAUUACUUCGUCAGAGAGUGGCUACUGACUCCAAUUGACAGACCGUCCUCCGGUGAACACAUCCGAUACAAUCGAAAACACGCAAAAACAAUGAAUGUGGUUUCGGAUUCCUUGGAACUGCUCACACAACGUUUCCCACAGCUCACCAAUAUGCAUUUAUUAAGUUCGUACAAAAUCAAAAAAGUCUUUACCGCUUGUUGUGUGUUGCAAAAUAUUUGCCUGGAGAAUGAGGAUUUCUUCGAUACAGAAGAGGAUCCAUUGCUGGUCAAGUACUACGAAGAUAAACUAGUUCAAAUCAAAGAAAAGCCAAUCGAUGGCAAGGCACAUCUUCAAAAAAUUGGUGAAUUAAAGAGGAAACAAGUUUUGAAGAAACUUAUUGACUAAGGACCUUAAUUUUAACCCUCGUUUUGUUUAUAUUUAUUAAUUCCUGAGUUAAAUGAAUUAAAAGUUUAAGUCUUAUAAGAGAAUAAAUACUUAUUUUUAUGUAUAAC